AUGUUGCCUCGAAGUGUGCUCGUCUUCCUCUCGACUCUUGCCGUUGCUUCUGCUGGCCCUUUGAGGAAGAGAUGCAGUUCUGUACAGCCGUCAGCUACCGCCCCGCCGCCUGUAGCGACGUCUCCUGCCGAGGAGGCAGCCUCCCCUACACUGCCUCUCACUGGUGCAGCGACUGAACUCCCUGCCGCCAACGGCACGCUCAAGGCUAUUGUUGUAGGACAUGGCAUUCAGAACUACACGUGUAGCGCAGCGGGUGCCAACGCCACGUCCGGGGGUGCCGUAGCCGUGCUCUACGACAUCACGUCGCUCUACACAACCCUCACAGAGGAACAGAGGGCGAAGCUUCCCGUCGAUCUGCUUCACAACACCGAGCUGCCCCUCAACCUCGCGCCCACCAGCAACAACAAGUAUGCCGCUGAUGUGGCCAACCCCUACAAGCCCGAUGCGGACGUGCAGCUCGACGGUCUCUCCGCGCCGCUCAAGGUCCUCGGCCGUCACUACUUCGACGCCUCUGGGACCCCCACCUUUGAUGUGUACGGCGCUGGCGUCCUGUUCAAGGGCGCCAAGCUCCACAACGUCAAGGCACCGUCGACUGCGGAUGCGGGUAUCAUGAACACGGGCGCCGUCGACUGGCUCCAGCUCAACGACAAGGGCUUCUCGGUCGGGCUGACCGAGACGUACCGUGUCGUCACCGCUGGCGGAAACCCCCUGGCCUGCACCGAGGCCCAGCAGUCCUUCAGCGUCCCGUACGCCUCCCAGUACUGGUUCUACGAUUAA